GGGGGCGGAGCCUCGGCGCCGUGUCCGAUUUCCCUGCGCGCUCGCGCUCCGCUGAAUUAGACGCUCGUGCUGGACCGUUAUACGGAGGCGCCUGUUCGUGUUCCCUUUGAUGCGCGUGAAACAGGACGGGGCGUAGGACCCUGUGGCCUCUUUCUGUCCCGGGUGAAAAGACUCGGGGCUGUGCAGCCUGCGCGGCAUUUACGCGCACCUGACGGACUGGAGAUCCCAUAUCUGCGGCUGAAACGCAAGCGCGCUUUUGUGGAAACCUGGACUGGAAAACCGAAGAGACAGAGAUCAGAUUUGCUGUGGACAUGGAUUUUAGCCUGGAUCUGUAAAAGCAUUCGUUUUUCUUUUUUUUUUUCCCUUGUUGGGGACACAUCAGCAUCCGAGCAAGGUUUGUGGAGGAACAACGGGACCACCAGCACGAGCCUCGAUCCCAUGCAUGUGUAAGAGAACUGUGCUGUGAUGAAGUUAUUCAGAGGCUCUGGGGACAAUAGCUGGAGACUAAGGAUGUUUCUACUUGUUUUUUUGACUGUGGGAUUGUUAACAGUAAUGGUCAAUGCAGAUGCAACUGCAAGCAUCCUGGAGUUACAGUUGGAUGAAGAGCAGCCUGCAGGGACAAUAGUGGGUGACAUCAGUGCUGGAUUACCACCUGGAGAAACGGCCUCCCUCUACUUCAUCUCUGAUCAUGAGGGCACUAGUGUGGGAACUGAUCUCCAUAUUGAUGAGACCACUGGCAUUAUCAAGACUGCUCGGCGUCUGGACCGGGAAGAGAGAGACCAUUAUAGCUUUAUAGCAGUUACCAUGACCGGCCUAACAGUGAAGGUAUCCAUCACUGUGAAUGACAUUAAUGAUCAUGCGCCAAUGUUCCCCAAGAAUAAGGCCUAUUUGAAGAUUCCUGAGCAGACUGCAGUGGGGACAAGGUUUUCCCUGGAGCCAGCCACUGAUGCAGACAAAGAUCAGCUCACCACUCAGGGAUAUCUCAUCAAAGAUGGAAAUGUGGGGCAGGUGUUCAGACUUGAAACCAAGAGGGCAGCAAAUAAGGUUCUUUACUUGGACCUGGUGGUCAAUGGUGUCCUUGACCGAGAAAAGAGAGCUUCUUACUCUUUGGUUUUGGAGGCCUUUGAUGGGGGAUCUCCUAAAAAAACAGGGCAAAUGACUCUGGAUGUGGCAGUGCAGGAUAUUAAUGACCAUGCUCCUGUUUUUAAUCAGAGCAGGUAUCAUGCCAUCAUCUCUGAAAGUCUCCCUCAAGGUAGCAAUAUCCUACAAGUGUUUGCCUCAGAUGCAGAUGAAGGUGACAAUGGCCUUGUGCUUUAUGAGAUUAACCGCAGGCAAAGUGACCCUGAUCGAUACUUUGUCAUUGACCCUCGUUCUGGGAUUAUCACACUCAACAAGCCUUUGGACUAUGAAGUCAGAAAGGUCCAUGAGCUUGUUGUACAAGCCAAAGACAAUGCCAGCCACCCAGAGAUCACUAAUGCCUUUGUCACUAUCCAUGUUCGUGACUACAAUGAUAAUCAGCCCACUAUGACCAUCAUCUUCCUCAGUGAGGAUGGGUCACCUCGAAUAUCUGAGGGUGCCCAGCCUGGGCAAUAUGUUGCCCGUAUUUCAGUCUCAGACCCUGAUUAUGGUGAAUAUUCAAAUGUCAAUGUCUCUCUGGAAGGCGGGGAUGGUAAGUUUGCCCUCACUACUAAGGACAGCAUCAUCUACCUUAUCUGUGUGGACCAGGUUCUGGAUCGUGAAGAAAGAGACUCGUAUGAUCUCCGGGUUAUGGCUACAGAUUCUGGCACCCCACCACUCCGAGCUGAAUCCUCUUUUACCAUCCAAGUCACAGAUAUCAAUGAUAACCCUCCUCUGUUUGAUCAGCAGGCAUACAAACAGACUAUUCCAGAAGUGGUUUACCCAGGUAGCUUUGUGCUACAAGUAACAGCACGAGACAAAGACCAAGGCCCAAAUGGUGACGUCCGCUAUAGCAUCCUGCCCAACAAGGGGACACAUUCUAAUUGGUUCACCAUUGAUGCUGUGACAGGUAUUAUCACCACAGCUACUGAGCUGGAUUAUGAGACAGAUCCAAAAGCAAGUGUCAAGGUAGUGGCUACAGAUGGUGGAAAGCCCCCUUUAUCUUCUACUGCUGUGGUGGAAAUCAGCCUACAGGAUAUUAAUGACAACAAGCCAGUCUUUGGGAGUAGCUUCUAUAAUGCUUCCAUCAAGGAGAACACAGCUGCAGGGACCUGUUUCCUUGAGGUGACGGCAGUCGACGCUGAUGGUGGUUCAUUUGGUGCAAUAACCUAUUCUAUAGGAUCAGGACCCUCCAGUUCUCCUCCAGCGGUGUUCAGCAUUAAUAAAGAGACGGGGCAUAUCUGCACUAGCGCAGUCCUUGACCGAGACGAGGGAUCUGAGAGCUAUCACUUCACAGUCACUGCUACUGAUGGGGGUGGUCUGAGCUCAUCUGCCUUUGUGAAUGUGGCAUUGCUGGACAUUAAUGAUAACAGGCCCAUGUUUUACCCUGUAAGCUAUGCAGUCAGUUUGAGCUCUCAGAGUGCUCCAGGAACCUCCGUCAUCAGAGUAUCAGCCCACGACCCUGACGCAGGAGAGAAUGGCAAAGUGACAUACCGCACAGUGCCUGGUGGAGGCUCCAACUUCUUUACGCUUAACAAGGACACAGGGGUGAUCUCUCUUUCCCGCUCCUUGCAUGGAAAGGCCAACUCUGUCAUUACAAUGGUGAUCACAGCACUGGACGGAGGUGGGCUCACAGUGCCCAUUAAUGCCAGAGUGAACGUCAGUGUUGUGGCUGGCUCUGUAGCUCCCCCCGUCUUUGAGCAGGCGCAGUACUUCUUCACUGUGCCUGAGGACGUGCUGAGGGGCACAGAAGUCGGUGUGGUGUUUGCUAACGGCAGGAAUGGAGCCACUAAGGACAUCUCCUACACCAUCUCCUCUGGCGAUCCAGAAGGCUACUUCACUGUGGACACAGAGACAGGAGCUCUGCGCACCAGCCUGCCUUUGGAUCAUGAAGCUUGGCCCUCGUUGGAGUUAGAGGUCCAGGCUCGCAGUGGCUCCCCUCCAGUGUUUGCCCAAACACUGGUCCGCAUCACCAUCACUGAUGUAAAUGAUAAUGCACCCACCUUCCUGCCUUCAUCAUCAGAGUCUCUGCUGCUGCCUGAGGCUACCAAGAUGGGAACUAUAGUGUACCGGGUAAAGGCUGAGGACCGCGAUUCAGGAGCCAAUGGGCAGUUGAGCUUUGAUCUUCUUUCAUCUGAAAGCCAGCGCACAUUCAGUGUGGACAGAAGCAGCGGUGAAAUCCGCCUGAUAGGAAGCCUUUCCUAUGAGAGUGCUCCUCGUUAUGACUUGCUGGUGCUGGCCAAGGACAAUGGCGCCCCUCAACUCAGCGCCACCUUCACUCUUGUAGUGCACGUACAGGCUGAGAAUGACCAGGGGCCAGUGUUUGACACAAUGACCUAUCGUGUGGAGCUGAAGGAAAACACACCACUGAACACCCGUUUCCUGCAGGUACGUGCCCUGAGUAGGGAUCAUGGUGGAAAUGGAGCCUCCUCCUCAAGCUCUGCUCCACUCUCUUACCAUCUCCGGCCUGAUGGAGAUGCGGCAGGGUUUGGAAUUGUCUCGGACAGUGGCUGGCUGUUUGUGAAGAGUGCGCUGGACAGGGAGGCCAAAGACAUCUACCUGCUCACAGUACUGGCCAGCUCAGGCAGGGGACAGCUGAAGAAAACUGGUAGCGCCACUGUGCGGGUCUCUGUGACAGAUGAAAAUGAUAACUCACCACGGUUUUCUCAGGAGAGGGUCUUCCUAGCAGUAAGGGAAAACCUUCCUGCAGGAACAGGAUUUGGGAGAGUUUCAGCCACGGACCGUGAUGCUGGACUCAACAGCCGGCUUACUUACAAACUACUACAUACUGAUCGCAACUUCCAGAUCAACUCUCAAACUGGUGAGAUCAGCACCAGGGCAGCUCUGGAUCGUGAGCACCAGUCCAGCUAUCAGCUGGUGGUGGUGGUACAGGACGGAGGCACUCCUCCUCGGAGUGCUACAGGCACCGCCCAUGUCACUGUGCUGGAUGAGAACGACAACGCCCCACUCUUCAGUCACGUGUUGCCUGGCAGGGAGCUGAUUAUCCAAGUGCAGGAGGGUCUGCCUGCUGGCUCACUCCUGGGAACACUGCAGGCUAAAGACCCAGAUGAAGGAGAGAAUGGCACGAUCUUCUACUCAUUAUCUGGCUCCAGAGCAGAACGAUUCUCUUUAAAUCCUAACACAGGAGAGCUGCGUUCUGCCUCCACAUUGAGGAGAGCUGAAAAGGCUGAGUAUAGUUUAACUGUAACUGUCUCGGAUCGUGGUGCACCACCUCAGAGCAUCUCCAGCGUCCUGCGCAUACAGGUUGCUGGCUCAGUGAGAGCUCCACCCAAACCAAACACCCUAUCAAUGACACUUAACACAAUAGAGGGCACCAAACCAGGCUCUGUCAUAGGUUCAGUACACCUACAUGACCAACGUGAUGUGUUGCUUGAUGGACAGGUGACUUACCUUGUAGUAGGUGGCACUGAUCAAGAUGGCAAUUUUAUGGUGGAACGUCUCACUGGGGAUGUGUACUUGGCCAGAGAAUUGGACUAUGAAAUGGGAGCUCACUACACCUUGCAGAUUGAGGUGAAUGACUUCUCAAAGGCCUCCCCUAGCAGUCAUGUGAUCCAGCUGGAUAUUAAUGUGCAAGACAGUAAUGAUCAUGCACCACAGUUCCCUGAAGAUCCUGUGACCAUUGUUGUUCCUGAGAACAUGCAGCUAGGCUCCUCCAUUUACGCAUUCCAGGCCUCUGAUAAGGACGGCAGUGGCCCCAACAGUGAAGUACGCUACUCUAUCCAGCAUCAUUGGCCUGAUCGAUCAGAUCUUCUGUCCCUUGAUCCCAUCACUGGUGUGCUCACCCUGGGUCAAGAGCUGGACCACGAGCAGACCUCAAGCCUUUUUCUGGUGGUCCGAGCAACUGACUCAGCUACAGAUCCCAGUCAAAGGCGCUGGAGCUCAGUCACAGCCCGCAUCUUUGUGACUGAUGAAAAUGAUAAUGCUCCGGUAUUCAGCUCCCCUACAGCAGUCAGUGUAAUGGAGGAUAAGCCAAUGGGCUUUGUGUUGCUCUACGUCAUUGCCCGUGAUGCAGACCAAGGAGAAAAUGGCAGAGUGUCUUACCGCAUUCAGGCAGGCAACACAGCAGGACGAUUCAGCCUCAAUCCCAACACUGGCUCUCUUUCCAUUCUCAAAGCUCUGGACCGUGAGGAGCAGGACAGCUACAACCUCACUAUUGUUGCAGAGGAUCACGGGACACCCCAGCACUCCACCACUCAGGUCCUGUCUGUCCAGGUUAUUGAUGUGAACGAUGAGGCUCCCUGGUUUGAGUUGAGUGAGUAUGAGGUGCAAAUCCGAGAGAAUCAGCCACCCGGAACCACCAUACUCACUGUCUCUGCUACUGACAGAGACCAAGGUGCAAAUGGACAUGUAUCCUAUGGAGGAGUGACAGUGGAAGGCUUCGUCAUUUCACCAGAAACUGGUGUCAUUUCACUUACCAAAGUCCUUGACAGGGAACAACAGCAUCAUUACAGCAUAACCGUGUAUGCCAAAGAUGGAGGGAUGCCACCUAACUUUGCAAAGGCCAAGGUGCAUAUUACAGUAAUGGAUGAGAACGAUAAUGCUCCAGCUUUUGGGAGGCUGCAAUACAGUCUGGAGCUGCCAGAGAACCUUGAUCCAGUAGAGAUUUUUAUAAUUAAAGCUACUGACCAUGACAGUGGGGAUAGUGGCCGAGUGGACUACAGGAUAACUGCUGGAGACCCAGAUGGUGACUUCCAGCUGGACAGCAGUUCCGGGGCCUUGUCUACCUCUCGACCCCUGGACAGAGAGAGAAAAGACAGGUAUACACUGGAAGUCAUUGCUCAGGAUCAUGGAAGCCCCUCUCUUACUAGCACAGCUACUGUGGAAGUCACUGUCCUGGACAUCAAUGACAAUAGUCCCACAUUUAGCAGUAGCAGCUAUGCUAUAGACAUUUCAGAGGGUGCUGCUAUUGGGUCACUAGUUGUGGAAGUAACAGCCAAUGAUGCUGAUGAGGGCAAGAAUGGUCAGAUUCUAUACUUCCUGAGCAAAGAAGCAAGAGGUGCAUUCACUGUAGACCCUGAUACAGGUCGGAUCCUCACAACUGCCUUACUGGACAGAGAGAAAAUAGCUUUCUACAGCUUCCAAGUGUGUGCAGUCGACUUGUCCCCUGCUGCACCCCACAACACCACGGCCCAGGUCACAGUUACCAUCUUGGACAUGAAUGACAAUGCACCCUUUUUCAUCCAAGAUCCUCUCAUAAUCAAUGUAUCUAGCAGGAGGGUAUCCUCUAACCACGUAGUUGCCACUAUGAGGGCAGAAGAUAAGGACUUUGGUGCCAAUGGUUCAGUAUUCUAUCGUUUUGCCAAACCAGUGCAAGGCUUCUCUAUAAACUCUCUGACUGGAGAGAUCCAAACUACUGAGGCAUUGAACAGCCUAACCCAGAGCCAGUACAUCCUCAUUGUGGAGGCCAUGGACCAGGGCAGCCCACCUCAGUCCUCCCUGGGGGUGGUGAUCAUCUAUGUGAAGGAACAGAACUAUGAUGGUAUCCGCUUCUCCCGUACCACCAGAGACAUCAGCAUCCAGGAGAAUGCAGCCAAAGGUACUGCAGUGGCACAGGCACAGGCUCAGUAUCCGGAUGGCACCCGUGGGGGCAUCACAUACAGUAUCUUUAGUGGGAACAAACAGCAGAUCUUCAGCAUCAGCUCCAGCACAGGGGAGAUUUGGGUACAGAGCUCCAAUGGCCUGGAUUUUGAGGACACGCCAAGACUCCGUCUUGUGGUGAAGGCUGAAACUGCAACUUCCAGCUCCUUCAUGGCUGUCAACCUGAUUCUUCAGGAUGUCAAUGACAACUUGCCUCGCUUUCAGCUGCAGAACUACAUAGCAUACAUGCAUGAGGCACAGGGCUAUGACUCUCCAAUUAUUCAGGUUGUAGCUGAAGAUGUGGAUCAAGGACUGAAUGGUCAGGUGACCUAUUCCAUCCAGUCUUCUGGUCGUAGUGGGCUGUUUAAAAUUGACCCUCUGACUGGCAGUGUCACCACUGCAGCUAUCAUGGACCGAGAGAUCUGGAUGCAGACCAAACUAGUGAUUACGGCAACAGAUCGUGGCAGCCCCAAGCUAGCUGGCUCCGCCACUGUGACCGUGAUUAUUGUUGACCUCAAUGACAAUAGUCCCACAAUCCCUCUGCCAAGGGAAGUGCGAGUGCCAGAAAACUCACUUAUCGGCACAGAGAUUACCAUCGUGACAGGGAAUGAUGUUGACUCGGGCCCAGCGCUGUCUUAUUCUCUACAUCUGGACAAAAACUCACAGGGCAAGUUUGGAAUCCACCGUUACAGUGGCAGAGUGUUUUUGACUUCUCCACUGGACUUUGAGGAGAAGACGUGGUACACAUUAACUGUUAAAGCCUCGGACUCUAAGCAUCAGACUGAUGCCAAUCUGACAGUAUUGGUGGAAGAUGUGAAUGACAAUGUGCCUACCUUUACACAAGACCUAUACCAGGUGGCACUGGCCGAACAUUCUCCACCUGGCACUCCUGUAAUUACAGUAACAGCCACAGAUCGGGACUCAGGAGAGAACGGAAGAGUCACCUACCAACUGAUAUCAUCCUCUAAAGAAGGCUUUUACAUUGAUUCCAGUAAUGGCACAUUGUUUAUCAGUCAGAAAGCUGAAUUUGACCCAGAGCGUCCCACUGUGAGGGUGGUUAUUGGGGCUCAUGAUGGAGGAAAGCCAUCUCUAUCUGCCAUUGCUACUGUCCAAGUCCAGCUGACAGACGUGAAUGACAAUGCCCCCAUGUUUCAUCAAUUAGAAUACAGAGCCACAGUAUCUGAGGACCAACUUCCUGGAGGCACCAUCCUGACCCUGGAGGCAGUGGAUGGUGACCUCUCCCAGGAAAACUCAGGUUUCGACUUUGCUAUCGCAAGUGGGAAUAUUGGAAAUGCUUUUCAGAUUGAGAGUAGUGUUCGUUUCAUAGAAGGUUAUGGCUUCCAGACAGUAGGCACACUGAUCCUGGCAGAGCAGCUGGACUUUGAGGUAACAUCUCGUUACAACCUCACCAUUGUGGUUUCUGACCGUGGUGUUCCCCAGCGCAGCUCCAGUGUGCCUGCUAUUAUUACUGUGAAUGAUGUCAACGACAACCCUCCGGCAUUCAGCCGUGCUGAGUAUGUAGUGUCUCUGAGUGAAGGAGCGUCAGCUGGUAGUGAAAUCUUACGGCUGUCUGCAACUGACCCAGAUUCAGCUCCAAAUGCAGAGAUCCAAUAUAGCAUUAGCUCUGGAGAUGACACUGGCCUGUUCUUAGUAGACCAGUGGACUGGAGCCCUGCGCCUACAGAAACCUCUGGACCGGGAGACUCAGCCUUCCCAUGUAGUAAUUAUUCAAGCUUCAGAUGGUCACGGUCACUUUGCACUGGCUCCUAUCAAUGUGGAGGUGAAGGAUAUUAAUGAUAACAGGCCUUACUUCCCUAUUGAGACCAUGACUGCAAGCAUACGAGAAAACCAACCCCCUCAUUCAGCAGUUGCGGUGCUGCAUGCCAUAGACCAUGAUACUGGGGUAUAUGGACAGCUGAAGUAUUUUAUAUUGGACAGAUCUAGUCAAGGAAAAGACUUCUUUAUGGUGGAUCAAAACACAGGAGAGGUGCGUUCUCGUCAGUCAUUUGACUUUGAGAAGGUGAACUCUUUCCAUUUCAUGGCUUUGGCUAUGGAUGCAGGCAACAACUCUGCCACAGUUACUGUACAAGUCUAUGUCACAGGGGAAGAUGAGUAUGAUCCAGUCUUCACCUCCACAGCCUUUUCCUUUGAGGUACCAGAGGGAGCCCAGAAGGGCCAGAGCAUUGGUCAGGUGCAAGCCAAAGAUGAGGAUGGUGGUAUUGAUGGGAUUGUGCUCUACUCAUUACCAAGCAGCUCCCCAUACUUUGAUGUCAACAAGACCACUGGUGUGAUCUACCUCAAAAUGGAUAGUGCUAGUAGUUCUAGUAGCCAGAGCCGUUCCAAAAAGGAGACACGCCUUAUGACCAUGGAUGUUAUUGCCCAUAGUCCUUUAGAAACCUCAAGGGUUACAACUGCCCAGCUAACUAUUGAUGUCACCAACACAUCCUUUGGACUUGCAACUGACUUUAACAUUCUCCUGAUUAGCAUUAUUGCAGCCUCUCUUGGUGUAAUAGUCAUUUUAGUCAUAAUUGCUGUGGCUCUGUAUCUAGUGAAGUCUAGACACAAGAAGAAAGGGCAGAACACUGGGACAGCGGCUUCAGACACAGCACUGCAGCAGUUAGAUGAAUCCAAAUCAGCAGGUGGGGAGAGGAUCUAUCACCAGACACUACCAGGGUAUGCUGGCGAUCAGGGAGGAGGUGGAGCUUCCUACACAAGGGGAGGCUCCUUGGAUCCAUCACACUCUAGUGGAAGAGGAUCAGCUGAGGCUGCAGAAGAUGAUGAAAUCCGGAUGAUAAAUGAGUAUCCACGAGUGGCUAGCAUUACCUCUUCCAUGCAAGAGCACAUUUCUGCCCGAGGGCCUGACUCAGGUAUACAGCAGGAUGCUGACCAGCUCUCUGACAUCUCUGGUGAAACAGGGACACUAGAUGCAAGCCAGUGGUUCAAAGGGAAGAAGUUGGGAAGUUUAAGUGGCACCUUGCUCUCUGGUCAAGUUCCAGUCUAUAGAGAUGAAGGAGGUGGCUACCUUGGAGUGGGCAGGGGGCUGAACAUAUCCCAUCCAAAGGAUUAUGGCUUCCCAGAGGAUGGCAAACCUUCAAUUGAUGGCUCUCUCACAGCUAUUGUUGCUAGUGAUGAGGAGCUGCGAGGCAGCUAUAAUUGGGACUACCUUCUCAAUUGGUGCCCACAGUUCCAACCUCUUGCUAGCGUUUUUACAGAAAUUGCCAGGCUUAAAGAUGAGAGCCUACCCCCCAACAACCCACGUAGACCUUUCCAACCGAAAAUCAAGACAGAUCCUAAACCAAGAAUUGAUCCACCCCCUCUCAUUACAUCAGUAGCCCACCCUGGUGCCAAGUCUGUUCCACCGAAACCUGCUAUCACUAGGACAUUUCCACACCUAGCAACCCUCAGACGCUCUCCUAUUAGCCAUGAGGGUUCCAUCUCAUCUGCAGCCAUGUCUCCCAGCUUCUCUCCAUCACUGUCCCCUCUGGCAGCCCGAUCACCAGCCGUCUCCCCUUUUGGUGUUACACAAGGCCCAUCAGCCUCAAUGAUUAGCACCACAGAGCACUCCCUGGAGCACAGUGAUGACACAGAGAUGAGAAUCUAAUUCUGUCUUGAAUUUCACACCGUGGGGAGCCUUGACAGUUUUCUUUUUCCGAAAUAUGUUCUUUGUGGGUAUAUUAUAAAAAAUAAGUAAGAAGGACCUCCCAGCUUUUAGCUGUUUUGGAAGAUGCUAAAAACUGUAACUGAAACAGAAAGGGUUAAAAUGCUGUUUUGCUGUGAAAUGACGAUACCCUUCAUCAAAGCCGAUGUGGACCUUUGUGUUUGAAUUUCUUUUCUUUCUUUUUUUUUUUUUCUGCCUGGCUGGCCAGGGAGAUAAGCUUUAGUGCUCUUUUGUUCUUUCUUAUACUGAUGACUGACAGCUUUGGAACAUUUUGCAGAGUCUGUCCAAAAUGGCUGCUAUCACCACUAUUUUUGCAUCCUAUUUGAACUCUGUGAAGGUGCACCAAGAGAUUUCACUGCAUAUGCACAUUAGAAAUGGUAGUUCAAUUUAUAUGUAUAUAUUUUUAUUUUUAUUUUUAAUGGUUUCAUUUCUUCAUAGGUCAUGUUUUUUAAUAAGAAAAUGCCAUUACCUCGCAUUUAUAAAGCACUCACAUUUACAUUCUGUAUAUGUGUAUGUAUGGUAGCCAUAGUGCUUAUGCAUAAUUGUUGUAUAGUGUUUAGCUUCACCAUACUGUAUGGUUGUUGAUUUCUGUGUGAUUUUGGUUGUGUGAUUUUUGGCCUGUUAAGUGAAUGAUUGGGAUGUGUUGUGAUAAUUGUAAUGUAUUGAUAAUAUGAUGUUUUGAUAAUUAUUUAUAUAAAAGUCAAACCAUAGGGAUCUUGAGAGUAGCCAUGUUGCAUAUUGUUAUAUUCUAUUUUUCUCCUAUGUCUGUUCCUUUGCCUGAUCUUCCAGCAUCAAAGCAAAGAAAAUCUUUGACAUACUCAUAUUAUUUGAGGCUUAUCUGGAGGCCUUCUGAGUAAGUGAUAAAAAAUCUAAUUAUGCUGUAUGUCAAAGGAGUUUCUGUACAAUGCCAGGAGCCUGACUCGCUAUUUGUUUGUAUGUUUGGUUCAUUCUCACACUGUAGGGUGUUAUAUAAUUCAGCUCUUCUCACAGGAAAAAAUGAUUUUUGCUGAUGUGUCUUAAAGUCAAGUGCUUCCAUAGAGUUAGAGAGGAAAUCAAUAAUAAACACCAGUGAAGCUGUCCACAAUACCAGUGGCUAAUAGUAAUUUUAGCACGAGAUGCACCUGCCUUUUGGAAUAAAACCUGGACAUUCAAA